GUCCCUACAGGGUGUGAGUUAAAACUGCAGAGUAACGUCAUGCUGCAAUACUGUAAUUGGUCAAUACAUAUGUAACUUCCGCUCGUACCCGGAAGUGAACGAGGAAUAAACAUGGGGACUCGUCUGAAGGUUCUGAGCGUGUUUAAAGCCCUGCACAGGACCAGGAUGACUGUGUUUAAAGAUGACAACAGAGCACUGACAGCUGCAAGAUUAAAGAUUAAUGAAGAAUUCAAGAAAAACAAACAUGAAACGUCAGACGAAAACAUCCAGAAGAUGAUUAAAAUGGGCUCGGAUGUUGACAUUGUUCUCAGAGAGACUGUGAUGCAAAUGGAACACAUUGGAGAAGACAGACUUGUGCUGCGACCCAGAGAGAGCCAUCUACUAGAAAAUGUUCCUUAUUGUGAUCAGCCCAGGAAAAGGUCCUGAUGGAACAUGAUUGACAUUUGAAUGAUCAACAAGGAGGUCCAUUGCCAUCAAAUGAUAUUCAUUUACAGUUUACAGAAAGAAUGAAAGCUUUCAUCUUUCUGCUUUAGCCCAACAUUCACUGAAGAGCUGUGGAGUGGAUCUACACUGUAGUUGGGGGAUGUAAUUUUGUUUUUAUUAUUUACAUUUGGUUUCACAUAAAGGUGAUACCCACUACAAGGUCACAUUGAGUUGGUGCAGAUUGUUAUAAUCCUUUACACUGUUGCUACAACAUCAUCAAACCCUUGGAAAACAAUCCUUUGUCACAAUUAAAUAAAACAAGGUCUGGUUGGAGUAAA